UCAUCACAGAUCAAAAGGUAAAGAGUGACACUCCUUUAAAGCUUCUCCUACCCCUCCGCCGCACUGGAGAGGGCUCUGGGCCUUUGACAUGCCUCUUUACACUGCCAAUAAGCACCUUUAGCUGGGAUCGCUUCUAUCUGAACAGUUUCUGUUUUAAAAAACACAUCAGAAGCUCGAAGAACAUGGUUACAGGGAUGAGGCCGCCGGUGGAGGUCAGCGUGUUUCUGCUCUCUCUGUUGGGACCUGGAGUUUUAUUCACAAUGAAUAAGAUCCCUGCAUUGCAAGAACCUCUGCCUAUCCUGGGAAUGGGAAUGUUUGUCCUGGGAUCCGCUCUUCUUCUGCUCAUCCUCACAGUGCAACCCAAAACAAAAGUGGAUCCUUUGUUCUAUGUAUUUGCAGAGUUUACCAUUAACUGCAUGGUGGGAUUGACAAAUGCUUUAGAGCAGGAUGGGUUCAUCUCCGGCUUUAUGGACUUUUAUCUAAAAAUGGGCGAACCUCAUCUUGGUACUGCUUAUGCUGUGAUGAUGUCUUAUUGGGAAGUUGUGCACGUCAUCCUCUUGCUCACAGUCAUUCACCGCAUGUUUACAGGAAAGUCCUAUCGAAGCCUGGCUCUGUUGUGGGCUGGGUCCUCCAUAGCCAAUGAAAUUGUUGUCAUUCCAGGAGUGGUCAUUGGUAAGUAUGGGUCUAACAUCCGACCAGCCUUUUGGAGGAAUGUCCCUUUCUUUUUGGUGCCUUUCUGGGCAGCAUCACAGCUCUUUAGGAGACCGAAGCAGAUGCCAGUUGUCACAGCAGACAAGAUCGCUGCAGAGCAGAAGAAAAGUCUGCUGUCUCGACCUGCCGACCUUCUCCUGUCACUCCUCUUACUGGGAGCCAUGGCCUUCUUUGUGUUCAGAGGUUUUGUGGUGUUGGACUGUCCUCUGGAUGCCUGUUUUACUUACAUCUAUCAGUAUGAGCCAUACCUGAAAGACCCAGUCGGCUUCCCUAGGAUUAUGAUGCUGGUAUAUUUCUUCUAUGCUGUACCCCUGGUAGGCAUUCUUCUCUAUGGUCUGAACAUACCUGGAUGCAGUUGGAUGUUGGACUGGACCAUCUUCUUUGCCGGAGCCAUGGCUCAGACUCAGUGGUGCCAUAUUGGAGCAUCUCUGCACUCCCGCACUUCCUUCCCAUACCGAGCCCCGGCAGACAAAAGAUGGCCCGUUAUCACCCUCAAUGUGCUGCUUGCCAUUGUGCCCGCUCUGCUGGCCCUCCGCUGCCGCACCUACCCGGCUUAUUUCAUGAAACCUGUUCCCAAGGGACAGACCAACGACGACAAGAAGAAAAACUAGGACCACACACCUGCCACUGAAUGCUGAGGAAAACUUGCAGGAAUGCUUUAAAAAAGCAAAUGUUUUCAGGGGAGUUCACAAACUGAAUGAAACAGUUUCUCCCCCCAAUCUUAAAACCCAGAGGAGAUUUUGAAACUUUGCUCUCCGGGUCAACUUUUCAAAUCAGCCACCUCACACAGCACUCCCUGCGUGGACUGUUGGACCCUGAUAAGAAGUGCUGCUGAUGGAGGUGAGGGACUGUGAUCAGAUUACAAAUCCAGACCACACAGUUCACACUCAUAUAUUUGUAUAUCGGAACCAAAACUCCAUAGGUCUACUAUUUAUUUUUACUUUUUACUGGGAUGAAAAUGUGAGGGUUGGUCAACAUUUUCAGAUUUUCAGAUAAUCAUAGUAUAGUAAUUGCUAAAGAUCCACUGAAUGGUUAGAUAGAGAACAUUCUGAGAACAUAAAUACCUAAGACAUUUUCUCCUCAUUUUCCACUAACUAGGCCAAAAAGAAUAUUACUGCAGAUCACAGCACACAAUUUUGACCUUUUUGCUAAGUAACACUGAACAGUUCAAUAACAGAUGUUCUAUUUUCUGUUCUACUGGUGGAUGCAUCUCAGUGUUUCAUGUUAUUGUUAUUUCUUUUGUACAAUAAAGAAAAAAUAAAUUUGAAUAGUGAAAACGUUUUGCGGUAAUGAACUGGAAACAAUUUUUUUUAUCUAGCUGGGUAUUGGCUGUGCUUAAAAUUCUUGUGUGCCUCUUAACCAUUUGUUGUGCUUCUAGAAGAAUUUAUUUAAAAACAGAAAAAAACUUCAGGUUUUUAGGGAUUUUACAAUGCUGUCUCCUCAGCUGUCAAUAUUGCCCCAGGUAGUGUUGGUAUUCAGCACUGUGCAGAGUGCAUCUCUGAAGUUAUCAGUGUGAUAAGAGGUGAACCCUGGAUGUAGGUGAACUGUUGCAUGCAGAUGUCACACACAAAAAUCACAUUGGUCAGCUAUGCACACAGCUUAUUCACCAAGUUGUGUGACCCUAAAUGUAAGUCACAUGUGUGAGAUUCAAGGCAAGAAGAAUCUCCAUUAAUCAAAUAUGUGUUAGGCAAAGUGUGAUUCCUGUUUUAAAAAAAAACAUAAAGUGGCUUCUUUGUAUAAACGUAUAAUUACAAUUGAAUUAAAAGUGUAAUAUUUCAAACUAAAAACUGUUUAGCUAUGAUUCCUGAGACAUUUUGGAUGAAGAAGCCAAUCACUAUCUGUUCAAACUAUAAACUAUGUCAGAGUUCAUGGCUUCACCAAAGGCAGGAUUUCUUCUGUUUAACUUCUCCAUGAGGCUCAUUGUUUUUCAGUUCCAAAGUCAUUUUUAUUUUAGCCAGCACAUGCUCUUUUUUCACAGAAACAAAAAAAAAACCCCGCUUGGAAUAGCAGGAUAAUGUUCUCAGUUAUGGGUAAAAAAGUAGGAGAGCGUAAGACAGCUGCAAAGGAUAUUGGUUAUGCAAUAGCAGCACAUUAUAGACCCAAAGGGCAUGAUUGAUUGUCCAAGACUGUUGAGGAGAGACAUCAGGGAGAGGUGGUGAUCUUCUAAGACUACUUAAGCAUGAGAGCCUCUGGACUGUUCAGCUUAGAGGAACAGUAUAGCCCAGCCUUAAUACUAAACUCUCCAUUUUAUUGGAAUUACAUUUUUCUGUACUUUGUUUGUUUAGUUAUAUAGUUUUAAUAGGAGUGGAUGCUAUAGCAAUUACCCUAAUGAAAACCAAACUGGGUUGCUAUAUGUUUAUUUUUUUUACUUGAGUUGGCAUAUAAAAUAAAGGCAUCUAAUAUGUUUUUCAUUUCA